AUGGCAGUUGGAUCUAUUAGUAAGCUAUCAUAUGUGCCUCAAGAGGAAAGGUUUCAUCUUAUGCCAAAUGCUGAAACAUUUGUGUCGUCAUGCAUAUUGAAACAACCACCCUUUACCGAGACUAUGAGUUGUGGAAAAUUUGUAUUGAAUCCUUCAUGUUCUAAUAUUGUGAAACAACCCAGUACCUGUUACACAUUCAACAACCUGUUCAAGAAACCAAAGGCUACUUCAAGAAAUAUUUCUACAUCAGCAGUAAUCGAAAUGACAUUAUUUACUCCACCACAUGAAUAUGAUCCGGAUAUGAAAAUGAUGUACAAGACAAUAAGCAUUCACUCUCCCUAUUCAUUGUCUAAUCCUUUUAUUGAAGGAAUUCUUCUUCACUCUGAGCACAGUUACAAGAUUUUUGUUAAACAGACCAUAAAGAAACGAAUGAAGUCUCCAUACGACACAAAUUGUUUUGAUUACAUAGAAGCGUGGAUGAAGAAUGAUGGAACUGGACCUAUCUCUGAGAGCGGUUUUGUAAUUAAUGCACGCAGAACCGAGACUCGUCUGAAAAAGACACCAUUAUGCCACUCUUGUAUCCAACUUUGUCGUUUGGCGCACCAGAGUAGCCAUCAUUACCUAUGCUGCAUUGUCAUGGGAAGCCAAAGUAAUGGUCGCCUUGAUGAUGGUUCACGCUGCUGCAAACGUCGACUUACCAUACGAGCAGAUGCUGGGGGUGAUGUAAACAUACUUAUUUCCUGA